AGGUUUAACUUGACGAACGUAAUUCCCAUGCGGUUCUGGGGCCGAGUGCUGGGCUUACAGGCCAAGCACUCGCAGUUCCUGCUGGAGGAGAAGCCCUUUCGCAUCCUUGGCGGCUCAAUGCACUAUUUCCGCAUCCCCCAGGAAUAUUGGAGGGACCGCUUGGUCAAGAUGAAGGCCUGCGGCCUGAACACCCUCACAACGUAUGUCCCGUGGAACCUUCACGAGGCCGUCAGAGGGAAGUUUGACUUCAGCGGAAACUUGGACCUGCAGGCUUUUCUUAGGACAGCAGAAGAAGUAGGACUAUGGGUGAUACUGCGUCCCGGACCAUAUAUAUGCUCAGAGUGGGACCUCGGUGGCCUCCCCAGCUGGUUGCUUCAGGACCCUGAAAUGCAACUCAGGACAACCUACAAGGGUUUCACCGAGGCUGUAGAUUCUUACUUUGACAACCUGAUGCUCCAGGUGGUCCAUCUUCAGUACAAGAACGGGGGGCCAAUUAUAGCCAUGCAGGUGGAGAACGAAUACGGCUCCUAUGCCCAAGACCAAAAUUACAUGGCCUACAUAAAACAGGCCCUGUUGAGCAGGAACGUGGUGGAAUUAUUGGUGACCUCGGAUAAUAAAGAUGGAUUGAGUGCCGGCACUGUAGAAGGAGCUUUGGCCACGAUCAACUUUCAGAAGAUGGAGCGGGGACUCCUGUCCUCCCUCAAGAAGCUGCAGCAUGACAUGCCAAUGAUGGUGAUGGAGUACUGGACUGGUUGGUUUGAUAGCUGGGGAGGACCUCACAACGUCUUUGAUGCAGAUGAGAUGCUGGAUAGGGUUGAGGAUGUCCUCCGGGCAGGAGCCUCCAUCAAUCUGUACAUGUUCCACGGAGGGACCAAUUUUGGAUUCAUGAACGGCGCUCUGCAUUUUAACGACUACAAGGCAGCCAUCACCAGCUAUGAUUACGAUGCCGUGCUGACCGAGGCUGGAGAUUACACCGCCAAGUACUUCAAACUGCGCAAGCUUUUUUCCAGCAUGAUAGAGACUCCUCUCCCUCCGCCUCCGAUAAUUUCACAUAAAGCAUCCUACGGGGCCAUCCUGAUGCAGCAAUAUAUCUCACUGUGGGAAUUGUUGUCGGGAAUGGAGAUUGUGAAGUCAGAGUACCCCAUUAACAUGGAGAACCUGCCGAUAAAUAAUGGGAACGGACAGGCGUUUGGCUACACCCUCUAUGAGACGGUCAUCCUUGGCGGAGGGACCUUGUAUUCCCGGGAUUACAUCCGAGAUCGAGCACAGGUGUUUAUUAAUACUCGCUACAUCGGUCACCUCGAUUACAAUGUACAGGAGCUGUCCAUUCCUAACCUGCAGGGAUAUAGGCAGCUGCAAAUUUUAGUCGAGAACUCCGGGAGAGUCAACUAUGGGCUUAAUCUGAAUAACCAGCGGAAAGGCUUAAUUGGCGACAUUGUUUUCAACAAAACCUCCUUGAGAAACUUCAAGAUUUACAGCCUUGAAAUGAAACCCAGCUUCAUGGAAAGUCUACGAGGCGCGUCCCCCUGGAGUGCCAUCCCUGACAGCGCGGUGGGCCCCGCCUUCUUCCGAGGAACACUCCAAGUACAGUAUGUGCCUCAGGAUACUUUCCUGAAGCUGGAGGGCUGGGAAAAGGGAGUUGUAUUUGUCAAUGGCCAGAACCUCGGUCGCUACUGGAAAAUUGGUCCUCAGGAAACUCUCUACCUCCCGGGAACCUGGCUCCAACAAGGGUACAACGAAAUCAUUAUAUUUGAGGAGCGUCUUGGAGGCCGCAUCAUCCAUUCCACAGAUCUGGCUUUCUUGGGAAGGGUUCAGUACGUGACCUGAUCUCUUCCUGGUUGCCCCGCCUACUCACUGGUAGUAAUGGUUAAGGUUAUGCUUCUUAACUGAACGCGGGAGGUAAGAAAGUCUGAAUGCAGAACUUCCUCCCUCCCGUUGUGAAAACCGUGCCCCGUAUCCUUAUAUUUUCUAGUUAUGGGUGGAGUUUGGCCAAGGGAGGCCCGCCCGGUGAGUUAAUUUAGGAGGUUGACUUAAGAGUACUUGAAG